AGCCAGAAGCAGCAUGUCGGCCGCAGACACACUGAGCGCCGCCGCCGCCCCCGGUCCGGAGGCGGUCGCAGAGUCGGCCCUGUCCGCCUCCACCGUCUUCUACUGGCUGCUGCUACCCGCCGUCGUCCUCUACUUCAUCUACUACCGGCUGCAGCGCCGGCGCAUGUACGAGCUCGCCGACAAGAUACCGGGACCUCCGGGACUUCCAGUCCUCGGCAACGCGCUUUCGUUCAUCGGAAAGAAUGAGGAGAUCUUCGAGCGAGUGUACACGAUGAGCUUCGAGUUCGGCAGCGUGGUGAAGACGUGGAUCGGGCCCAAGCUGCUCGUCUUCCUGACGGACCCACGCGAUGUGGAGCUGAUCCUGAGCAGCAACGUGUAUAUUGACAAGUCUACAGAGUACCGUUUCUUCAAGCCUUGGCUGGGAGAAGGCCUUUUAAUCAGCUCAGGUCAGAAGUGGAGGUCACACCGCAAGCUGAUAGCACCCACUUUCCACUUGAAUGUGUUGAAGUCAUUCAUCGAUUUGUUCAACGCUAACAGCCGCGAUGUUGUCAACAAACUGCGCAAGGAAGGCACCAAGACUUUCGAUGUCCACGACUACAUGAGCGAGUGUACCGUCGAAAUCUUGCUCGAAACCGCUAUGGGAGUGACCAAAUCGACACAAGAUAAGAGCGGAUACGAGUACGCUAUGGCUGUAAUGAAAAUGUGCGACAUCCUCCACCUGCGCCAUACCAAACUGUGGCUCCGUCCCGACUGGCUGUUCAACCUGACGAGAUACGGCACGGAGCAGGUCAAGCUCCUGGAUGUCAUCCACGGACUUACAAAGAAGGUGCUGAAGAAGAAGAAGGAGGAGUUCCAGAAGGGCGGCGGCGCCAAGCGGUACAUCGCGUCCGAGCAGACGGACACGGCGGCGGCGGCGGCGCUCUCCGCCAACAAGGGGCUGCGCGACGACCUCGACGAGCAGGACGAGAACGACGUCGGUCAAAAGAAGAGGUUGGCCUUCUUGGACCUGAUGAUCGAAAGCGCCCAGAAUGGAGUGGUGCUGACUGAUGAAGAAAUUAAAGAGGAAGUGGACACCAUCAUGUUUGAGGGACACGACACAACAGCUGCUGGCAGCAGUUUCUUCCUGUCGAUGAUGGGCAUUCAUCAAGACAUUCAGGACAAAGUGAUCCAAGAGCUGGAUGAGAUCUUCGGGGACUCAGACAGGCCGGCCACAUUCCAGGACACUCUGGAAAUGAAGUACCUCGAGCGCUGCAUCCUGGAGACGCUUCGCAUGUUCCCACCAGUGCCUAUCAUAGCUAGACAGCUCCACGAAGAACUCAAACUCGCCUCCAUGGACGUAACGCUGCCCGCCGGCUGCACCGUAGUCGUGGGCACUUACAAGAUCCACCACCGGGAAGACAUUUAUCCCAACCCGGAAGUUUUCAAUCCUGACAACUUCAUCCCAGAGAAGACCGCUGACAGGCAUUACUACGCCUUCAUCCCGUUCAGCGCUGGCCCAAGGAGUUGCGUUGGUCGCAAGUACGCCAUGCUGAAGCUGAAGAUCAUCCUGUCGACGAUCCUGCGCAACUACCGCGUGUACUCAGACCUGACAGAGAAGGACUUCAAGCUGACGGCCGACAUCAUCCUGAAGCGCGCCGAGGGCUUCAAAGUCCGCAUGGAGCCCCGCGUCAGACGCUCCGCCGCCGUCAAGGCGCACUGACGUCACACUGCACUCUCGCUCCCUGCCGGGUCGUCAGACGUCACCUCUCUCCGUGCAUAAGAUGCAUCCUAUACAAAGAGCGUAUUUAUUUAGCGUAACUAGCUUCAAUGUUUCUCAUUAUGUAGGUCCUCAGACACUUUCUGCUACAGUACUAUUUUAGUCUAGUAACAAAGUAAUCGACAAUGUUAACGCACCAAAGACUUUAGCGUGUCUCUGUAGGUACUACUUCGGAGCUUCUCUGCGCUGGUUUAGGGUAUGGAAUAUCCGAGGACCAUUCUGUAUACUGAAAUUUGUUGUUUAAUAAACGUUUUCCAAUAAA